UUUGUAAUAACGUCACCGUGACUUGCCGAGGAGCUCCCGACGCAACAGCUUACAGCUCCAAUCCCCCCGACUGCAGAGGAGCAGCUGUCCUAGCACGCACAAUUGCCUUUCAUGAAUACCCUCAUCGCAAGAAGACCACUACUGAGACAGAAAAUCGCCACCGUAACAGCUGCACUCACGUUCGCCAACGCUAUGCAUAUCCAGUCGAUUCCCAUGUGGGUGGGCAGUAGUAACAACUACGCCUACCUGGUCAAGGACGACAAGACCAACGACGCCGUCAUCAUUGACCCAGCCAACCCGUCCGAGGUGACGCCCGUGUUGCAGAAGGCUAUCAAGAGCGGCGAGAUUAACCUCACGGCCAUUGUCAACACGCACCAUCAUUGGGACCACGCCGGCGGAAACAAGAAGCUGCAAGGCGAGCUGGGCCUGGAUAAGCUGGCCAUCAUCGGCGGCAAAGAUUGCGAGGGCGUGACGCGGACGCCGGGCCACGGCGAGUCGUUCAAGAUUGGCGAGGGCAUCGCCGUCAAGGCGCUGCACACGCCGUGCCACACGCAGGACAGCAUCUGUUGGUUCAUGCAGGACGGGGAUCAGAAGGUUGUUUUUACGGGCGAUACGCUCUUCAUCAGCGGCUGCGGCAAAUUCUUCGAGGGUAACGCGGAGGAGAUGCACAGCGCGCUGAACAAGACCCUGGCCUCGCUGCCCGACGACACGGUCGUGUUUCCCGGCCACGAGUACACCAAAUCCAACGUCAAGUUCGCCGCGUCGGUGCUGCAGAACGAGGCGAUUCAGAAGCUGCAGGCUUUUGCGGAGAAUAACAAGGAGACGCAGGGCAAGUUUACGAUUGGGGAUGAAAAGAAACACAACGUCUUCAUGCGCGUCGAGGACCCCGAGAUUCAGAGGGUGACGGGGGAGAGCGAGCCCGUUUCCGUCAUGAAUAAGUUGCGCGAGAUGAAGAAUAACUUCAAACAGUCCACCUCCUGAUUCUAAAAUUUGACAUGACGGGGCAUGGUAGGUGAGGCCGGGAAGUCUAGGCCAGAGACCACUUUUAUCAGAGCUGGAGAAUGGUUGUGUUGCAAGAGCACUCGCUUGCCCUUGGAAUCAAAAGAAUAGCCAAUCACAUCUUUGACUGCUCUUCACACAAACAUCAAAGUUAUCAAUAU